CUCACGUGACCAGAUCCGGCCGCCCACUUCUAGUCGCCCCAGCAACAUCUCCCUCCCUCACGUGCCUUCUGUCUCCCCACCUUGGAAUAGGUCCCUGCUAGCCCGCGACCCAGGACCUGCAAGCUACGCGCCCACGAGUUUUGGUGCCCACUUGGAUUUUCACAGUCGGAGAUGGAAGCAAAGGCGGCAUCGUCGAAAACUACCGAGUCUUGGGCUUCCCAUCCGGUAUAUGCAAGAUACUGGCAGCAUUACUAUCAAGCGAUGGCUUGGAUGCGAAGCCACCAGAAUGCCUAUCAGAAGGCGGUGGCGGCCUAUUUCAGCUUCCCAUGGUACUUCCCUCCCGCAGCUCACCCCCAGAGCGCCUAUGCCCAGGAGGGCCGAUCGCCUCGGGCCUCCUCUGACCAGGACUCCGCGUCCCCUCACUGCGGUUACUCGCAUCCUCCAAGGUCUGGGCAGCACCCGCACGUCGGCAGAGAAGACCAAGAGUCGGCCGAGGAGGACGAGGACGAGGACGAGGAAGAGGAGGAGGAGGACGAGGAGGAGGAGACGGAGAGCGAUUCAGAUGGCGGGGUGGAGUGCGACCUGAGCAACAUGGAGAUCACGGAGGAGCUCCCGGCAAGGGUGGACUCGCUCGGUGUGGGUUGUGUUUUGGAUGUGUGGAAGGGUCACUCACUGUCGCGGCCAUUCCCCGGUCACCAGUGCUUGCUCUUUUCCAGAUUAUCUCAAAUCAACAGCUCUUCCCAAAGGGCUGAGUUCGUCCCCCAGCACCUUGUUUGUGCUGGGAGGUCCUGCCUCCUGCAACACCGGCCUUUCCAGCAGGCGUUGUGUUUUCCUGCGGGCCUGGUGCUGUGUUUAAAUCCGAGGCGGCAGCAGCAGCUGGACGAGGCGCGCCUGGAGGACUACGUGAACGCCGACCACGACCUGUACUACAGCACCCGCCGCUCCGUGGAGCCCCCCUCUGAGCGGCCCGGCGAGCGGCGCCAGGCCGAGAUGAAGCGCUUGUACGGGGACAGCGCCGCCAAGAUCCAGGCCAUGGAGGCCGCCGUGCAGCUGAGCUUUGACAAGUACUGUGACCGAAAGCGGCCCAAAUACUGGCCGGUCAUUCCGCUGAAGUUCUGAGCCCCGGGUCCCCAGCCAUCACUCCCUCCCUUUGGGAUUCGCUCUCUUCCAUUUCCUCCUGUGCGUUUUCUCGGGAAAAGGGGACUCUUUACGCUGAGAAAUCAGCCAUGUUCACCAAAGUCCGAGGGGCCCAUCACUGGGGGUGGAUGUCAUAGGUCAGCCACUUUGAAGCGGCAAGCGCGUGCAGUCACCAACAUGAGAGAUUUAACAUAAAAUGAUCAUCUCAUGUACGACACUGCUUUUUACAUUAACCGCGGCAUUCAGGUCAUUAAAGUUCUCACGGAUCCCAUUUA